GAAGGAACUGGUAACCUACAUUUAAAAAAAAAGAAAAAAAAAAAAAGAAGAGGCGCUAAUGUGUGUCUCAUUUGUCUGCUAGCUGUCAGCUGCGCUUUUUGAGCUCCGCCUGCUGUAGGUGUUUUCUGUUUUGCGCAGCUGCCGGAGUGGAUGUGGGAGCGAUGGCGAGCCGCCUUUCUUUUCACGCUCAGCUCUCCUCCAUCAUGGACACCGUGGCCAGGUCUGCGCUCAGCCAGGUGUGCAAGCUGGUGGACGAGGACUCGGCCGAGCUGCGCUUGGAACUGUCCCGCCUGCUGCUGGCUAAUUCGGCCUUGAAAGAAAAAGUCAACAGUUUGGAGUGUGAGCUGACUGUUGUAAGGAGCGACGCCCCCAAGCUGUGUAAAAGUUAUCGCACCGUCGGUGUACAAACCGGAGGAUCCGCCGAUACGAACGAGUCCGGGCCUCCGACCAUAGAGGGUAUCUUUGGGAAUGACUGGUGCAUGACUUUGUGGAAGGACAGAGACCCGUACAGCCUGGACAGAGUCACAUUCUCCCCACAGUCCUCCGAAAAAUCCAUGGCGAUGAUUUCUGAUCAUAUUACUGUAACUGAGGUCAAAGAGGAGGAUUAUGAGGAGGAAGCUAGCAAUUGCCAGCAGGAAGCGCUUAACACAGAAGAUGAUGAAUGCAUAGCACAGGAGCCGGAGCAGCUGUCCGACGCUUACACAAUGGAAGGUAGCACUUGCAGCAUGUCGUUUGACCAGGAGGAGCAACAGGUUGCUACUGCAGAUGGCCUUCAAGACCCCUCUGUGCAGUUGGUGACCGUCAGCGACGCAGCCGAGGCAUACAGCAGCCACAUCAUCCCAAUCGAAGAUGAUGAGGACGAGGAUGAGGAUGAUGAUGUACAGUUUGUACAAGAAAGUCAGCAGGAACCAAAAGUAGCUGCAGCUGGACCAAGUCAAAACGUGCAGAAGUUACCGGUGCAGUCCAAACACAACACUCAUCAGGAAAAAGACGCACGCAGGCAUUUUAAUAUGCUUCAUUUACACAGCACCAGCAACACAAACAACAAAUUCACAUGUAAAGUAUGCAGCAGGACCUUCUUCCACAAGGGCACGUUAACGCACCACAUGAAAUCGCACAAAUCCACCUACUGCAACAUCUGUAAGCAGCACUUCCCCCACAGGGACGAACUAAACACACACACCUGCAUACCACCGGUUCCUCCUGUGCGAGUCAGCAAGUCUUGCGAGCUGUGCGGGAAGACCUUUGCAAAUCCCUCUGCGCUGAGGAUUCACUACGUGGUCCACACGGGCGAGAAACCCUACAGCUGCAACUUGUGUGGGAAAGGGUUCACCCAGAAGGGGAAUUUGAAGUGUCACCUACGUAUUCACACCGGAGAGCGACCGUUCAAUUGUUUCAAAUGUGGAAAGACUUUCACACAAAAAGUGAACCUCAACCACCAUCUAAUGGCACACAGAAAUCGCGAGGUGGUUGGAGAAAAGCCUGCAGAAAGAUCACUUGAAAUAUCGGUACCCGAACCACAUCAGUGACCGUUCGCGGUAUAAGAACAGUAGCAGUAUUUUAUUUAAAUGAGCUGUGUACCCAGUAUAGAGGUAGUUAAUGUUUGAACUGACUUGUAAUCCUUAGUAUUUUAUCCAAAAAAUGUUUUUUAAAUGUCCUGGUUUUUGUCUUUAGUACUACUUUUUAGCAGUUUAGUGUUUUUGUUUUUUACAUCCAAGUUCAAGUUGGUUUAAACUUGAAAAACUCAUUAAAUAAUUCAUUAUUAUA